CCGCCGCGGAGGGCGCCGCGGGAACGGAGCGAGGCGCGGUCCUGCCCCGGCGCCACUCGCCGCGCGCCCGCCCUCGGCGCCCGCGUUCUGCGGAUCAGGCAACCAUUUUCUGAUGAUAUCAUCACUGAUUAAUUUUGUCUGUUUGUGGACUUCAUGUGAAUGGAAUCACACCGAGAAAAUAAUGAAUGUCAAAGGAAAAGUAAUUCUGUCAAUGCUGGUUGUCUCAACUGUGAUUGUCGUGUUUUGGGAAUAUAUCAACAGCCCAGAAGGCUCUUUCUUGUGGAUAUAUCACUCCAAAAACCCUGAAGUUGGUGACAGCAGCACUCAGAAGGGUUGGUGGUUUCCGAGCUGGUUUAACGAUGGGACCCACAGUAAUCAAGAAGAGGAAGACAUAGACAAAGAAAAAAGAAGAGAAAGGGAACAAAGAAAGGAAGAUGAUGAAGAAGAGCUUCAGCUGUGGGACUGGUUUAAUCCAAAGGAUCCAUACCAGUGUGGAUGGAUGGGAAUUUUGGCCCCCAGUUGUCAUUCUAUGAGCUGGACAACAACAAGGAAACGCCCAGAGGUUGUGACAGUGACCAGCUGGAAGGCACCAGUUGUGUGGGAAGGCACUUACAACAAAGCCAUCUUAGAAAAUUAUUAUGCCAAACAGAAAAUUACUGUGGGGUUGACAGUUUUUGCUAUUGGAAGAUACAUUGAGCAUUACUUGGAGGAGUUCAUAACAUCUGCUAAUAGGUACUUCAUGGUUGGCCACAGGGUCAUAUUUUACAUCAUGCUGGAUGACAUCUCCAAGAUGCCUUUGAUAGAGCUGGGUCCUCUGCGUUCCUUCAAAUUGUUUGAGAUCAAGCCCGAGAAGAGGUGGCAGGACAUCAGUAUGAUGCGCAUGAAGACCAUUGGAGAGCACAUCCUGGCCCACAUCCAGCAUGAGGUUGACUUCCUCUUCUGCAUGGAUGUGGACCAGGUCUUCCAAGACAAUUUUGGGGUAGAGACCCUGGGCCAGUCAGUGGCUCAGCUACAGGCCUGGUGGUACAAGGCAGAUCCUGAUGAGUUUACCUAUGAGAGGCGUAAAGAGUCAGCAGCAUACAUUCCAUUCGGAGAGGGGGAUUUUUAUUAUCAUGCGGCCAUUUUUGGAGGAACACCCAUUCAGGUUCUCAACAUCACCCGGGAGUGCUUUAAGGGAAUCCUCCAGGACAAGAAAAAUGACAUAGAAGCUGAGUGGCAUGAUGAAAGCCACCUAAAUAAGUAUUUCCUUCUCAACAAACCCUCUAAAAUCUUAUCCCCAGAAUACUGCUGGGAUUAUCAUAUAGGCCUGCCUGCAGAUAUUAAAAUUGUCAAGAUAGCUUGGCAGACAAAAGAAUAUAAUUUGGUUAGAAAUAAUGUUUGAUUUCAAAUUGUGCCAGAUUUCUGAAAUUGAGAGAGUAUUAUUCUGGCUGCUUUCUCAGAAAAGUAACACUUAAUUUUAACUUUAAAAAAAUACUAACAAAACCAAGAUGACAAACACAUACUAUUCCUCCUUAUAACUUUGAGCCUUGUAAUAUGGGAGAAUGCAUUUAUGACAAUCAGAUGUAAAUUCCCAAUGAUUUCUGAUCUAUUCUGGGUUUGGGGGAAAUACUAUCAUAUGAAUCAAAAAGAACUUGGCACAGGCAAAGAAAAUGCCAGAAAAACCCUACAUUUGCCAGAUAAUGUGCUGGAGAAAAGGGUGCUAAGGGAAGUAUUUGGCAACAAGAUAUGGUUUGAGGGAGUUGUCCCCUUGAUCUCACUGUCUUCCUGUUUUUGAUGGGUGUAAAGCAACAUGAAAUUGCUUUGUAGCAGAACUCUCAGUAAGGACACCAUUUACCUUGGCCAUCUUUGAAAGGCUUCAACAGCACACUGCUUCAGGCCAUUUGUAGUCUAUGUUCUUUUCUUAUCAGGAUAUUGUUUGGCUUAAGUGUGAAAGAUUGGUGGCAGUUCCCAGCAGAUAUCAUGGUGGUGCAUGGUCAGAGCCCCAGGGAACUCAAAGAAGCCAGUGGGUGCUCAGUGUGAAGGGAAAACAAAGCUUCCAUGUGAGUUUGCCAUGAAAUAGCAAAGAGCGUGUGGAAGAGAGGGGCUGAUCACUGUGGGGCAGUGCCAGUGCCACCCUGGAGGGACACAGGGCAUGGGGUUGGUGCUUAAAUACAUCAUGGAUGCAGGCACUGAAUAGGAGGCAGUGUGGAGCAGGGACUUGAAUGGAAGAUGCUUCUUGUUUUGUCCAAGUCAUAUUCCGUCUAUCAGACUCUGCAACUUGUGUCUUCAGUCCUUGGUGAGGAGAUGUAGAUGAAGUUUUAGAAGGCAAAGGCCUGAAGUGGAUUGGAAAGGCUUGCAAGGAUUUCUGUUUCCAGGAACCAGGCUUUAUCAGAGGACAAUCAGUCAUCGGACGUUCCACCAUUUAGCUAGUGUAAACCUCAGGGUUCCUCAGCACAUCAUAUGCCCACUAGGAGGGCUGGCAUCAAGGAGUGGACUGGAGAAAAAGCCCUCCUGUCAAGCAACUUCUCCUUGUCCCCUGCUCCGUCUACACUAUGGAAGUGUAACAAUCAGAUGUACUUGACAAAAUGGUUAAUUGAUUUUAUAACAGAAGCAUGUGGGAUAGCAAUGGGAGAUCUAAUCAGGACUGAACAGCUUAACAUUCAAUUCCCUUCUCUAAGAGAAGCUAUGAAAUCCUACAUAUUAUUUAAAGCAA